CAACGCUGAACCAAGUACUUUCAGUUUCACAUUACUCUAAAUCUGUCAAAAGGCUGCUGUGCAAUUGUCUCUUGGGCAAAUUGGGGAAAUCCAGGAAGCUUUACAACAUUAAAGGGAUAAAUAAGAGUCCAACAAUUCACUGAGAGGCCGAAGAGAGAAGCAAAAUCUCCACCACGGGAAAGAGCAGAGCAGAAAACACACUGAAAAUGGCACCACACAUCCACAUGCCAGAGCCCUUGUGCUUCAUUGAGAACACUGAGGAGAAGCUGGUGGUUAAACAAGAAGCUCUGAGCAUCCUGUCUGCCAUCAGCCAGCCCGUCGUGGUGGUGGCUAUCGUGGGCCUCUACCGCACAGGCAAAUCCUACCUGAUGAACAAGCUGGCUGGCAAGAAUAAAGGCUUUUCUGUUGGCUCCACGGUGCAGUCCCACACCAAGGGGAUCUGGAUGUGGUGUGUGCCUCAUCCUGAGAAGCCAGACCACACCCUUGUCUUGCUUGACACUGAGGGUCUGGGAGACGUAGAGAAGGUUGAUGAUAAGAAUGACGCCCAGAUCUUCGCCCUGGCAAUUCUGCUGAGCAGCACUUUUGUAUACAACACCAUGAACAAAAUUGACCAGGGUGCUAUCGACCUACUGCACAAUGUGACAGAACUCACAGAUCUGCUCAGAGCAAGAAACUCACCUGUUAUUAAUGAGAAUGAAGAUAAUAAUGACUUAAUGAGCUUCUUUCCAGACUUGGUAUGGACUUUAAGAGAUUUCUACCUAAGCCUAGAAGCAGGUGGAAAAGUCAUCACACCAGAUCAAUACCUGGAGAACUCAUUGAAACUCAAAGAAGGUAGCAAUGAGAGAAUUCAGCAUUUCAAUUUGCCCCGUCUGUGUAUAAGGAAGUUCUUUCCAAGAAAGAAAUGCUUUAUCUUUGAGUCACCGGCUCACAAAAAGCAGCUUUCCCAGCUUGAAAUGCUGCAUGAUGAUGAGCUAUAUCCUGAGUUUGUGCAACAAGUGGCAGAAUUCUGUUCCUACAUCUUCAACCACUCUGCAGCCAAGACUCUUCCAGGAGGCAUCAAGGUCGAUGGACCUUGUCUACAGAGCCUGGCACAGACCUAUGUCAAUGCCAUCAACAAUGGGGAUCUGCCCUGCAUGGAGAAUUCAGUCCUAGCAUUGGUGCAGACAGAGAACUCAGCUGCAGUGCAGAAGGCCUUGGCCCACUAUGACCAGCAGAUGGGCCAGAAGGUUCAGCUGCCCACAGACACCCUCCAGGAGCUGCUGGACCUGCACAGGGCCUGUGAGAGGGAGGCCUUGGAAAUAUUCACAAAGUACUCUUUCAAGGAUGAGGACCAAAGCUUCCAGAAGGAAUUACAGACACUUCUAGAUGCAAACCUGGAAGACAUUUGUGAGCGGAACAAGGCAGCCUCUUCAGAACACUGCUCAACUUUACUUCAGAUUAUUUUUGGUCCGCUGGAAGAAGAAGUGAGGCAGGGGAUUUAUUUUAAACCAGGAGGCCAUAAUCUCUUCCUUCAAAAAGUGGAAGAGUUGAAGGCAAAUUACUAUCAACAGCCAAGGAAAGGACUACAGGCUGAGGAAGUUCUGCAGAAUUACCUAACGUCCAAGCAGUCGGUGAGUGAUGCUGUUUUACAGUCAGACCAGGCUCUCACCACCAAGGAAAAGGAGAUGAAAGAGGCUCAGCGGAAGGCAGAGGCUGAAAGGGCUGAAGCAGAAAGAUUGGCGGCCAUUGCCCGGGAGAACCAGCGACUCAUGGAGGAGAAGGAGAGGCGCCAUCAGGAGCAAGUGAGGCAGAUGGAGAUCCAAAGAGCAAACUUCCUGGCUCAGCAGCAGCGGGACCGGGAGCAGCGGCUCCGGGAGGAAGCCGAAAGGCAAAGAGCACAGGCUGAAGCUGAACAGCGAAGACUGCAAGAGGAGAUAAACCGUUUGAGAGCCUAUAGCCCACCACACAAUGACUGCAUCUUGCUGUAAGGUGCUGAACAUCAGAGUUUCCUUUUCUUUCCCCUUUUUACUGUUGAAACAAAGGAACAAGAAAUACAGAACUUUGGACAAUCAAUAUUUAAGUAAUUCCAGUAAUUCUUCCUGUCUAGCUUUCUGUAUUGGUUCAGGACAUUAAAAGCCACAGGGUGGGAGUAAAGCACACAGGCUGGGCCAAGUGGACCAAGACCAACAUCUUAGGCUCAGCUGGUCCCCACCCCUGCUGGUGCGAAGCGGCUGGAUGCUGUGAGAGGGGGAAGCUGUGGGAAAGUGGAAACAAUGCACGGCUCUCACCUUGAUAGAGAACCACUACUCUAUGGGCUGUGGCAUAGCUGGUGAGCAGUGCUGUGGACCAUCCUGCACAGAGAAAGUCCACGUUGAAAGCAAAUGUUGUUAUGAAAUGGAGAUAUUUUGGAAGAUAAAACACCAGCAUGGGAAAACUAUGUCCUAGACUGAAGCACUUUAAAAAUGUAUUUUCCUUUAUGUUUAACCUCACUAAAGAUGUAACUGAAAUGGUAUAUGCCAUAAUAGGAAAUAAAUUAUAUUAGAUUUAAUAAUUGUUUACUAUAUGUUCAUAGUUUUGUAAACUUUGUAAAUAUGUUACAUGAAGAAUGUGCCAAAAACCUGAUGUAACUCAUUUGCAUCAAUGCUAAAAUUAAAUCAUCUUAAUUCUUUCUGA